UAAAUAUCUUGAAAAAUAACCCAUAACUCCAAAUCUCACCCAACUUUCAAAACAGAACACAAAGACAUGGAUCGAACACAACAAUCUCCAAAGGUCACUCUGUUUGCCGUGUUGGCAACACUUCUUGUCUUGACCGUGAACGGUCAGUCCGGUUGUGACACCCACAGGUUCGAAAAUAACCUCGCCUUCACCACUUGCUCUCCCCUCCAAGCCUUAGGCUCUUUUCUCCACUGGACCUACAACGAGGCAAACGGCACCGUUUCAAUCGCCUUUCGCCACCCUGGAACCUCGUCUUCUUCUUGGAUUUCUUGGGGACUUAACCCAAGUGGGACACAGAUGGUUGGGACGCAAGCUCUUGUAGCCUUCACCAAUUCAAGUGGCCAGUUCCAGGCAUAUACCUCUCCCGUGACUUCCGUCUCCACGCAGCUCGAACGCGGAAGCCUUAGCUUCCGUGUGAGCCGCAUCUCCGCGACUUUAGUCAAUGGCGAGGCUACGAUAUUCGCAACCCUUGAGUUGCCGACGAAUUUGAUUACGGCAAACCAGGUUUGGCAGGUGGGACCUGUUGCUAAUGGUGUUCCUUCGAUUCAUGCAACGACAGGGGACAAUGUGAGAUCAAUGGGUAGGGUUGAUUUCCGGACAGGUCAGGCAACCGCUGGUGGUGGAGGUUCUGGUGAUAGGCUGACCAAGAGAAAUACUCACGGAAUACUAAAUGCGGUGAGCUGGGGAGUACUAAUGCCAUUGGGAGCAAUGAUGGCUCGGUACAUGAAAGUCUUCGCCGAUCCAACAUGGUUCUAUCUCCAUAUCGCCUUCCAAGUCUCCGGUUACGCCAUCGGUGUAGCUGGUUGGGCUACGGGAAUCAAGCUUGGCAAUGACUCAUUAGGCACAUCUUACUCAACCCAUCGUAACCUUGGAAUAGCACUCUUCACAUUCGCAACACUUCAAGUAUUUGCUCUGCUUCUAAGGCCAAAGCCAGACCACAAAUACCGAACGUACUGGAACGUGUACCAUCACACCGUCGGAUACACUACCAUCGUCCUCUCCAUUGUCAACAUUUUUAAGGGAUUCGACAUAUUGGACCCGGCUGAUAAAUGGCGUUGGGCUUAUAUUGGAAUCCUCAUCUUUCUUGGUGCUUGUGUCCUUAUUCUUGAGCCACUUACUUGGUUCAUCGUUCUUCGUCGCAAGAGCCGUGGAGGUAACACGGUUGCUGCACCGACUUCAAACAAGUACUCCAACGGCGUCAAUGGUACCACCACCACAGGACCACAUCACCAGGACGCUUAGUUUCACUUCUUGUUACUACACUUCUUCUGGUUUUUUCUACUUCUACGCAAUUUUGGAUUCUUUUUCUUUUAUUUGAUAUUUCAUAGGCUCAUGUAUGUAUGUACGUAUACGAUUUUAUUCAUUGUGUUAUAGAUAUAUCAAUUUAUGGAGUUAUUAGUCUUUUAUAUGCGUGUUUACACACAUUUUCCGGGGUUUUCUCAUCUAAUAUAGUAAAAUAUUUAGACUCUG